AUGGACCCAUCAACGAGGUAUGUUUCAUCUCAGUCGAUCCAGCGAAGCAUGCGCAAAGCCACUUGCAACGAUGGCGGCUUAUAUUCGGCCUGUGUGGACUACGCGCUGGCACCGGCCAGGCGCCCAGUCGGCUGCCGAGGUGCGGCUGCCAUCUCAGCCCAGAGGCGCUUCGCUGCUCCACGGCGUCAUGGGGGCGGCGCCAGCCCGCGCGCCGACCGGGCCGCCCAGCACGCCGCUGCGCUGCGCCGCCGAGGCGGGGGUCGCCGUGGGCCCCCCCAGGCGAUUGGUCGCGUCUGGCAGGGCCCGCCCACGCAGAGAUCGGAGCUGGGCCGCGCGGCGCGGGCGAUGCAGUCAGCCAGCGGAGGGCGGAGGCAGUCAGCCAGCGGAGGGCGAGGCAGUCAGCCAGCCGAGGGCGCGGCGCGGGCGGGCCGUCGGCCAGCGGGGGGCGGGAGUCACGCUCGCGGCCGCCAGGGCGCUGGAAGAGCAGGGGGCCUCGCUCCUGGAGCGGGGGCAGGUCUCCAGCAGCAGGCCCAGGAGAUCAGGUGGAGAAUCAGCGAGCAGGAGGCCGACCUGGUGAACCGGGAGCUUUCUUGGCGUGCGCUCGCGGGCAGAGUGCCAGCGCCGACCGAGGAGGCCCCGACCGUCACCCCAGUAGCUCCAGCCAUUACCUCGCCCAUGAUCAAAAACACUCCGAUGGUUGUGACGCAGAGUGACCUGCUGGACCUCAUCGACCAGACCAGCUUCGCGAACGUCUACGACUGUGUCUACCAGCCGACUGACUUCGACUCUAGAACCACUAAGGGGCAUGCGCUCGUGAACUUCGCCACCCCAAGGGACGCCCGCGAGUUCUUUAUCCGGUGGGACGGGUCGCGGCUAACCGGAGUUGCUCCCAUCGCGACCGUGCUCGAGGUCAGGGCAUCGGCGCUGCAGGGCUACGAGGAGAAGGUCAGGAGGCGGACCGCGAGCCGGAUGCGCCGCAUUACCAACUCCGAACUCCACCCCUUCAUCGCCCGAAGGCUGGCUGCCCAGUGA